GCCGCCCAUUGCGGACCGGGAUUUGAAGUCCUGGCGGGCGGGCCGGCGGGGAGGUCCGUGCGCCUGCGCAUGCGCGCCCGGGGAGGGGGGCGGUCGCUCCUCCCCGGCCCCGCGCGUGGGGCGGCUCGCGGAACUGGUGAGGGAAAAGCUUGCUUUUAAUGAAAUAUUUAUCACGUGUUGAAACAAGUUGAUAAACCUGACCAAAAACUAAUGGCAUCAGAAACACCAGCAGAAAGACCAGAGGUGACAGUGGAAAAUACCGUGACCCCUGAAGUUCCCAAUGUUGGAGGAAAGGUGAAGUUGAGUGACAAUCCAGUAGAGAGACAGGAGGCAGCCUCGGACAAGGAAGAAUGCCUUGAGCCCAUGUCCAAGAGGCAAAGGAAGAAGCUGUUGAAGCAGAAACAGUGGGAAGAACAGAAAGAUCUACGGAGGCAGAAACGAAAAGAAAAGCGCCAGAAGAGAAAACUAGAACGUCAGUCAAAAUCCAACUCCAAUAAUGAAGGGGAUGACAGAAAGCGUAUGCGAACGGAAGUUGUUCCUAGUACACUUCGCCUCAUUGUGGACUGCAGCUUUGAUGACUUGAUGGUGCUAAAGGAUGUUAAGAAGCUUCACAAGCAAAUUCAGAGAUGUUAUGCAGAAAACCGCAAAGCAUUUCAUCCUGUGCAGUUUUACUUGACCAGCCAUGGGGGACAGUUGAAGAGCAACAUGAAUGAAAAUGACAAAGGAUGGGUGAACUGGAAGGAUAUCCAAAUUAGAACAGAGCACUAUAGUGAGCUAAUAAAGAAAGAAGACCUGGUAUAUCUUACUUCAGAUUCCCCGGAUGUUCUCAGUGAGCUUGAUGAGAAGAAAGCCUACGUGAUCGGAGGACUGGUGGAUCACAAUCACCACAAGGGAAUUACUUACAAAAAAGCUGUAGAGCAGGGAAUUGGUCAUGCACAGCUCCCACUUGGAAACUUUGUCAAGAUGAACAGUCGGAAGGUGUUAGCUGUCAAUCAUGUGUUUGAGAUCAUCCUUGCAUACCUGGAGAAGAGAGACUGGAAGGAGGCCUUUUUCAGUGUCUUGCCGCAGCGGAAAGGGGCUGUUCCUUUGGGAGAAGCCAAUGAUCUGUCCAAACAUGCUACAUCUGGAAAAGAAGAUGAAGACAAUGACUCGGAUGGCAUCUAGGCUUCAGAAUGAGACCAUGAGGAAGGACGAGACAUGCAGUUCACGGGAUAAAACUGGAACAUAAAGUAGUUACGCUCCAAAGACCAUCUGCUGCCCUUGUGAUACUGAAUUGUCUCAAUGCUUGGUAGUUCCAUAGUUGGCCCAGAGCUGUUUCUGGAUAUGAAGGGUAAAGAUAAAUACAGCUUUUUUACCCUGAAACUUCCAUAUUAAUAGCUUUUUUUAAAAAAAAUAAAUUAAUGGCAAAUGCAGAAUUUAUUUUGUUUCCCAAGGAAGCUAUUUAAUUUUAUUUUUUUAAAUAUUAUUUUUUUAUACAUACUAAGUUGGGUGUAUUACCCAAGAGCGUUAGUAGUUCCUAUUUUAAUGCAUGUGGUGUUCUCCAUUUCUGCUCUAAAUUUUCUUAAAAGCAGUGAAUGACAAGCGUUCCUGUGACUCAAAACCUGUACCACUAGUGCCUGUGGCAAAGUGUGCAUGGAUACUCAAAACAAACAAACCAAAAUUCUAAUUUUCCUGAGCAUCCAAACAGACAAUCGCAAGCAACUGAACUGCCUUUAUCAGCUGAGCCACACUGAUUUAUAUACUGUGUUUAGUUAGCUGGGGUCAGUAGGUGAAAUAUGGGUGUUGGGUUAAGCCAGUGCUUUAUGCUUCAGUUUGAGUGGGAUGGAUGUCUGCACAAGUGCAAAUGGCGUGCCUUAGCUGGUACAUGGUGCACGUUGAGGUGACACGAUCACUUUUGAUUACUUCUGGAUUCUCUUAGUGAAAUCUAUCACAUGGUCUCAGAACAAUAUCAGGAGACAGGAACUCUUUCUUACAAGUCACUCAGUUUCAGUAUACCUCUUUUAUCGCAUGAUCCUUAUGUAUUGUAUUGUCUGUCAAAUAUUUUUUUCUUUUAAAAAAAAGUCAUUGUCUCAGUCUUG